AUGUUAUACUUUGGAAUAGCUAUAUAUGCAGCAUUACAACAAAAAAUUCAAAUUGAAAUACAACACGAUCAUAUUAAAAACCAACAAGCACAAAUACGAGAUAUUAUAUCUGAUAUCAAGAAUGAAGAUGAUAAAUUCCUACGUCGAAUCAAGGAUUUCGAUGCUGCAACCAAGGAUUUACUUAAUGAAAUUAAGAAAUUACAGAAAAAUUCUAGUGAUCGAGUAUUAAACGAAGUCCACGGUGAUUUAUUAAUGCCAUUGAUCGAACGUAUUGAAGAUGAAUUUAAUCAAAACAAUAAAGAAAAAAGGAGAAGAUUACAGGAAUGGUAUGAUGUCAAAAAAUAUUACAGAUUAUCUACAUUAGAAAGGAUUAAAUCUGGAGAAGAAAUGAAUGAUGAACCAAUAAUAUUAAUUAAUAAAAUUCUUCAAGCAUUUUGCAAUGAAGCAGAGUUGUCAAAGAAUGAAUUGCUUGAACUUGUAUUACAUAAAAUAGCAAUCAAUUACGAAUCACAUGGCUUCAUUGAAAAUUAUUUAUAUGAUGUUAUUCAUAAUCAUUGUAAAGAGCACGAUUUUAUUCGUUAUAUUGAAAAUGAAAAUCAUGUUACUAUUAUCAUUACCGAUGAAGAGAAAGAUGUGCUCAUGAAAUUAGUUCGUAUCAACAUUGCACUUCGUCGAGAUCAAAUAGAAUCAACUAUUCAUGAAUGUUUUGAUGAUUCACAAGUACUUGAUCAUAAUAUUAAUGGUCCACUGCGAAUAGUCAUUAUUGACCGAUAUAAAGAAAAGGGUACAAUUAUUAUGGGUAAAGUUAUAUCAGGAUAUUGUCAUGUUGGUGAUCAAUGUUUAAUUAUGCCUAAUCGAACAUCUGUUGAAGUUACAAAUAUUUAUUAUGAAGAUAUUGAAACUAAUUCCUGUGUUUAUGGACAAAAUGUUCGACUUAAAUUAAGAGAUUUUGAAGACGAAGAAAUUUUACCUGGAUUUAUUCUAUGCAAUAUUCAACAAGAACCCUGCAGUGUUGGGCUAGUCUUUGAUGCACAAGUUACCAUACUUGAACAUAAAUCAAUCAUACGUCCAGGUUAUUCAGCUGUUCUUCAUAUUCAUGCAGCUGUCGUUGAAGUUCAAUUUAAAAAAUUAAUAACAUUAAUUAAUCGUAAUACUGGUGAAAGAACUCAAGAACAUCCAAGAUUUAUAAAACAAAAUCAAGUAGCUAUAGCAAGAUUUGAAUUAUCACAAUCUGGACAAGCUAUUUGUAUGGAACCAUUUAAACGUUUUCCUCAACUUGGUCGAUUUACAUUACGUAAUGAAGGUCGAACUAUUGCCAUUGGAAAAGUCCUUGAAAUCAUCGAGUAA